AAAACAGAAAAAAUUUACAAGGGUGUAUUCUUGCUAAUUUCUCUCUUCACGUUUUUUUUUCUUCUCUCUCUCGAUCGCAUCCAAGAAGGAAGACACAUUGUUAUUAGUAGCGUCAUUGCUUCAUAGUCAUUAAUUGUGGGAACAUACUUUGUAUCAUCAAUAGGAAAAUAUUUUUCUUUUAAGAGCAAAGAAAGAGAAAAUAUACUACAAAUUCCGAAGAUCAAAGAUGGUGAAGGAAAAGUUAACUUUUACAAACCCUAAGAAGGCUAACACAAAAAAGCCUCAGCCAAAACAACAACAAGUUGGGCAAACUAAACAACCUGUUGCUGAGGAAGUAGCUGCUGAACAAGUUGUUACUACUCAACAACCUGUAGUUACCGAAGUUGAAGAUUCUAACAAUGAAUUAAUCAACAAAAUCAACAAGGAAAUUAGACAAUAUAGAAAACAAGUUGUAAAGCACAAAAAGCUUCAUGAAGAUAUUACCAAUCAAUUGGAUUUUAAUAUUGCUAUUCCGACAAUCCCUUCCCACCUCAACAAGAAGGAUCUUUCAUUCGAAGAGAUUUUACAAAGAAAGAAUUUCGAUGCUCAAAUCGAAGAAUCAAAGAAGAAGGAAAAACAAUUGAAGGAUAUGAUUGAAAUUUUAGAUAAUGAAAACAAAUCAUUGGAGGUUCUCGAAACUAUUCAAAGUAGUAUGAGUAAGAUUUUCAAUGAGCAUGAUUCACGUCAAACAAAACUUGAAAAGGACUUGAAACAAUUGCAAAAGGAUGUUAAACAAAAGGAUCAACAAUUGGAGGAAUUGAAUCAAACUCUUAAUCAUACCAAAUUCCAACUUUCUCUGCAAGUUAACAACAAGAAGGAAAAUGUUUCAAAAAUCACUAGCUUUGAACAACAAAUCAAUGAACUUACUGAACAAAACACAAAACUCUUGAAACAAAACCAGGAUGUGGAAUCACUCAAAACUGAAAUUACUCGUCUUCAAUCUUUGAAUUCAAAUUUAUCCAAAACACUUGAGGAUCAAAGACAACAAUCUUCCCAACAAUUAAUGGUUCAACACAAUGUGAUAGAGGAACAAAAAAAGCUUCUCCAACAAAAGGAAGAAACAUUAAUGUUCAACUUUUCCAGAUUUAACCAAGUGAAUACAGAAUUAAUGAUGAUCAAACAACAAUUUACCGACCAAGACAAAUUCAUCAAAUUCCAACAACAUCAAAUUUCUCUCAAAUCUGAGGAAAAUAACUCUAUCACAAAGGAGGUUAAUUCAUUGAAAGAGGAAAACUCUUCAGUUGUGAAAAAGAAUCAAGACUUGUUGGACAAUAUCAAACAAUUGGAAGAAAAGAUUGCUAAUUUGGAAAACUCUAACAAGCAAUUAUUAGAUAAAAUGCAAAGAGAUGAAAAUGACCACAAACAUUCUAUACAACAACUCGAAGAACAAUUAAAGCACAGACCAAUUGUGACGUUCCCUGUAAAGUUUGAAGAGGAUAUAAUUAAUGAAGCUUUGGACAAGAAGAGAACCAAGGAUAUUGUUCAACUUAUUCAAGUUUUGAGUUUUUUCAAUAUUUCUAAUCCAGACUCAUUCGAAAGAAGAUCCAUGUUCCUUUCAGACCAACUUUGUAUUAGCCAAACUGGAAAACAAGUAUCAAUUUUGACUCACAACGAUUUUGCAGCUGUAGAUGCUCUUUCACGUUCCCUCUUUGGUCAACAACAAAAUAUUGAUCAAGUGGAAAAUUGUAUUAAUGAUGGAGUAAGAAAAUUAGAAAAAAUUAUUGCAAGAUCUGAAGAUGAUUCAAUUAUUGGAGUUUCAUACAAGAUUUUAGCAGAACAAAUAAGAGAACUUGCCUCUUCGAGUAUCUACCAAUAUGGCAAGACUUUGUAUCCAUACUUGGGUCAAGAUGAACAUUCCUUGACUAGUAAUUCUAUUUUCAAUACUAAUGGUUAUAAUAUUAGAAUGGAUGAUGCAAAUCAAUCAAGCUCAUCUCCAAAACUUAAGAGUAAUUUUAUUAAUACUGACAUUUCUUCCACAACUUCUGAAACUAAAAAAUCCACCAUAAUUGAGAAUAAGACAUUUGAAGAAACUCCAUCAUCCAAUAUUAAUGUCACAUACGAGGUUCCAUCUGAACAAACAUCAUGGAAAUUGGAAGUUACAAACAACAAUACAAAUGUUGAAUCCACAACACCAAGUGCUCCAAUAGAAAGUGACAUAAUUAACACCUCACCUGCCAAUCCAAAUGUUGUCUCUACCACAGAAGAUGAAAAUUCAGUUCCUUCAGCUCCAUCUCCUUCAUUAGAACAACAAUCUGAAAAUGGUGAAAAUCUGACGAAGAAAAAGUUUACAAACAAUUCCAGAGGUAGAGGAAGAGGAGGUUUUGUUCCAAAUUCACGAGGCGGCCGUCAAAGAAAACUCUUUGUACGAACAGAUAAUAAAUAAAUAUUGU